AUGUCAGCUCCUUGUCACUGCAAACACUCCGAUGAUGGAGCCAGCAAUGGGAAUGCAUUAAAUGUAUUAUCUCCUGAAUUACAACAAGAGUUCAAAGACUCUAAUCAUCCAGCUAAUUUGAUUUGUGAAUUAUGUAGAUUGUUCUAUGAUAACAACUGGGUAACUGGUACAGGAGGUGGUAUCUCCAUCAGAGAUGUGGAUGGUGAAAAUCCAAAUUUGGUAUAUAUUGCACCUUCUGGUGUGCAAAAGGAACGUAUUCAGCCUUGGGAAAUGUUCUUAGUUGAAUUGCCUGACGAGAAGAUCUUGCGUACUCCUAAUGAUAUCCCUAAGGAAUUAACCAAGUCAUACAAGUACAAGCCUAGUGCAUGUACCCCAUUAUUCAUGAGUUGUUACACCAUGAGAGAUGCUGGCGCUUGUAUCCACACCCAUUCCCAGCAUGCAGUCAUGACUACUCUUUUGUAUGAAAAUGAAAAGGAAUUUACCAUUAGUCAUAUUGAACAAAUCAAGGCAUUGCCUAAAUUACAAUAUAAUGAACAAACAAAAAAAGUGGAAAAAUUGGUCAUUCCAAUUAUAGAAAACACACCUCAUGAAGAAGACUUGACUGAUUCCUUACAAGAAGCCAUCAAAAACUAUCCUGGAACUUCAGCUGUGUUAGUUAGAAGACAUGGAAUCUAUGUUUGGGGAGAAACAGUUUGGAAAGCUAAGGUAUAUAACGAGGCAUUGGAUUACUUGUUGGAAUUGGCAGUGAAAAUGAAACUUGCUGGUAUUCCACUUGUUAAGGAAGAUUCGUAA